AUGGACUCUGAAAAGAUGGACGAGAAAGCUCCUGUCGUCGUGAACGAGACUCCCUAUGUGGCAGACGAUGUUUACCCUCUGCACACAUUGGACCACAACCCAAACUAUGUAGAUUGGGUCAUGCGGUAUAACGAUGUCCUCGAUGCCGACAUGCUGAAGAAAUCCCUAUCCAGAUUGCUCGAAAUUGGGGACUGGAGGAAACUCGGUGGACGAUUCCGGUACAAGCCGGAUGGGAUGCUGGAAAUCUUUGUCCCAGGAUCAUCUGCAGGGCCCAGAGAGAAUGUAUCUUUCACACACAAUGUGAUUGAUUCAACGAUUGGAGAUCACCCCAUUGCCAGCAAGCUCCCAGCGAGAACGGUCGGACCAUCUCUUCACCUCGUCUCACCCGAAUCUCGACCCUUCAAUGGCCGCGAAAAUUUCCCUGUCUUCAAAGAGAUGACCGAAAAAGAUAUCCCUCCCAUAUCCGUGCACGUUACAUCGUUCCUCGAUGCGACCAUAAUCGCUCUGUCAUGGCCUCACCAAUUGAUGGAUGCCAUGGGUGGCAAGGCUUUGCUCGCUGGAUGGUCAUCAGUGUUGGCUGGGCGAGAAGAUGAGGUUCCUGAAGUGAUCGGCGCCCGGGAAGAUAUCCUUCAACACCCAGAUAUCCAGAAGCAGGACGAGGAAGAGUUCAUCCUGGAAAAGGAUCGUCUCAGUGGUGCCAGUCUUCUCCUAUUCCAGUUGCGAUUCAUUUGGGACCACCUCUGGAAUGGAAAACGCGAAAAGCGAGUCAUCUACCUCCCCAAGGAAUCAUUCCUCAAAAUGAAAGAUCAAAUUAAGGCUGAGUUGGCUGAAAAUGCCAGUGAUGUCGAGAACCCCCCAUGGGUCACCGAAAACGACAUAAUUUCUGCGUGGGCAGCACGUUGUCUGGCUCUAUCAGAGUCCAGCUCCCGUCCAAUCACUGUCCUGAACUUCUUGAACUUGCGAUUCAGAAUUCCGCUGUUGGCCAAAUCAACUGGCGUAUUCCUUCAAAACAUCUGUGUCGGCACGUUUACCUUCCUUUCGUCCAAGCUGGCUAGGGCGCCCGUUAGUGAGAUUGCAGUUGCGAAUCGGCAGCAUACUGCUGAGCAGGGAACAGAUAUCCAAGGCCGUCGGUUGAUGAACGGCAUGAUGAAGGAUAUUCAGGAAGGCAGGGAGCCUCGCAUUCUGUUUGGACCCUCGAGCGCUGUCUGCAUGGUUGUCAACAACGUUAUCAAGAUCGAGUUGAUGAAGACUGCGCAAUUCGGACCGGCAGUGAUUCGACAGGGCGAGAGCUCUGAGACAAGACGGAAUCCACCGGGUACUAUGAUCAGCUAUUACAACGAAUAUCUCGAUCAUAUGUACGACGCUUUCAAUGCGUUCGUUAUGUUCGGGAAAGAUUAUGGGGACGACUUCUGGCUUGGCGGAGCUUUGUUGCCGAGGGCUUGGAAAGUUUUUGAACAGGAACUUAAGAAGAUGUAA